AUGGACGCCACCUUUGCGCAGUUCCGAAGCGCGCUUAGCGGGCCGUUGCCGGGGCAAGCGACACAAGCUGUUCCUCGAGGAGGGCAAGUCGAUGAUCCUGGAACACGCGCGCGCAGUCGACUCCAGCGUCAUGCGACAGGCGGCCAGCGGGCAUUGUCGCGGGGCCACAGCCGCGGUCGAAGCCGCAGCUACGAGGCACCUCCUUGGCUGCGUUCGCGCAGCGCCAGUCAGAGGCGGAGCUCGUCCCGACCGGCGGAUCCUUUACCGACCGAACAGCAUUUCGUCCGUUCUGGAGCUGUGGACUGGACGCAGAUGGUGGGCAAUGAGGACUUGUACAAGCAUCGCCAGCAGAGGCUGACUAUUGGCGAUUUUGUGCCGUGCGAUCGACGAGAGGUUCGGCACAUGUCACAUCGUUCCCCGAGCCCCGUCAUCGUCUUCCCAGACUCUGUCAGCAGUGGGGCCUCUACUGGCCUGAGCUUCGGCUCGCAGCCUGCAGCGGAAGAAGCUGCGGUGAAUCCUGGCGUCCCACGCAGAAAUCGAUGGAAUCGACAUGUCCCGCCUGAAGCAGCAGAAGGGGACGUGGCCGAGACUGCGAUGCCUUCAGGUGGUUGCCUGGAUAUGGCAGACUUGGCAGAGCAAGGAGGUUAUCCAGCUAUACCUCAGCAAACCACAGCCAGGCAGCCUGCAGUUUCCAGGCAAAGCGAGCGGAAGCAGCAGAAGAAGAAAGCAAAGCAGGCCAAGGGAUCGUUGGCAAAGGACGCGGAUGAGAAGGCCAAGCAAGAGCACCUUCUGAGUGUUCUGGAGGCCGAGCACAUUGUGGAUAUGAGCCAGACGGUUGAGGGGCGUUCAGAAGAUCUUGAGCCACCGCUGGCUCCUGCACCUGUGCCGCCACCCAGCGAAGCAGACGAAACGGCCUCGAUUGUCAGUGCAACGACCAACACCUCGCGCCCUCAAGGACGCAUCCGCUUUGAGGAGACAUUGCCGGAGCUCGAGACUGUACAAGAGGACGAAGGCGAAAGCGAGCGGCGCAAAGCUUUGGAGGAGAUGUUCGAGAAGCAUGUCUGGUAUGUUACAUUUACCGACGAGGCCUUUGUCGAGCUGAGACGAUUGGUCCGCAGUCAGCAGAAGGCCGUGCUCGAUGUCUUCACCGCACUUGCCUCGGGAAAGUGGCCCGAGGAGCACUGCGUGAAGUUGAAUGACACUGGCUACCAGCGCCUGAAGCGUGCAUCGGGCGGCCAGCAGCACAUCCUUUGGAGUUUGGACAUGCAGUAUGUCAGGGCGCAGAAGGCCUUUGUGGAGGUCAUCAAGAUUUGGCACGUCCUCGGCGAGGAGUAUUCACAAAAGGCUGCAGAUACCUUGAUCGAGGAGUGGAAGAGAUCUGCCAGAAGCUUCGAAGGUAUAAAGCGCGCCCUCCAAAACAAGAAAGGCCAUGAGGAGAAUGGUAUCCGCUACCCGCGAACUGUCAUGCGCUCCGAACUACAAGACAGUGAUGUGUUCUCCUUGCGAAAGUUCUACACCCUGGACUGGCGCACCAUGAGAUCGCUCCUGAUGGAAGAUGCCGAGGGAGGCCAUCUGGGUGCUGGGGAACAGUUCUUGCUGAACACCUCGGAGCAGGAGGAUGCCAUCAUUGAAAAGAAAGGUCCGAUGAUAGUGAUUGGACGAAGUGGCUCCGGGAAGACGCUCUGUUGCGCUUAUCGCAUGUGGUAUCGCUGGGUCGACUACUGGAAGAAGUCCAACGAGGCUGAUGGCGCUGCUCUUUUGCCUUCUGGAAAGGAUCGCCAGGAUCGCAUGGUCCACUUGAACCAGGUCUUCGUGACGCACAGCACCAGUUUGGCGAACAAGGUUACAAGCUCCGGUCAAGACAGAUUGAGGUGCUGGAAUACUUCUCGAACUUGCAGCUGA